AUGGCUUUCUCUGAACUCCUGGAGCACGUGGGCAGUCUGGGCAGGUUCCAGGUACUGCAGAUGGUGGCCCUGGUGAUCCCCAUCUUGUGGCUGACCACCCAUAACCUGCUGGAGAACUUCUCAGCUGGCGUGCCUGACCACCGCUGCUGGACGCCCCUCCUGGACAAUGGCACGGCCCCUGAUGGCCACCUUGGGGGAACCCUGGAUCCAGAGGCUCUCCUGGCCGUGUCCAUCCCUCUGGACCCCAACCAGCAGCCACACCAGUGCCUCCGCUUCCGCCAACCUCAGUGGCAGCUCCUGGACCCCAAUGUCACCGCCGGUAACAGGAGUGAGGCGGCCACAGAGCCAUGCCUGGACGGCUGGGUCUACGACCACAGCAUCUUCACCUCCACCAUCGUGACCCAGUGGGACCUGGUGUGCGACUUUCAGAACUUGAAGCCCAUGGCUCAGUCCAUCUACCUGGCUGGGAUCCUGGUUGGCGCCGCCGCAUGCGGCCAUACCUCCGACAGGUUCGGGCGCCGGCUCGUGCUGACCUGGAGCUACCUGCAGAUGGCUGUGGCAGGCACGGCCGUGGCCUUCGCGCCCAGCUUCCCCCUGUACUGCCUGUUCCGGUUCCUGUCGGCAUUAUCCGUGUCGGGCAUCAUGAUGAACACGGGCACUCUCCUGAUGGAGUGGACGUCCACCAAGGCCCACCCCUUGCUGAUGACCUUGAACUCGCUGGGCUUCAGCGUCGGCCAGGUGCUGACGGGUGCCGUGGCAUACGGCGUGCGCGACUGGUCACUGCUGCAGAUGGCUAUCUCAGUGCCCUUCUUCAUCUGCUUUGCCUACUCAUGGUGGCUCCCAGAGUCGGCCAGGUGGCUCCUCAGCACAGGCAGCCCGGAGCGCAGCCUGCGGGAGCUGCGGAGGGUGGCUGCCACCAACGGGAGGAGGCCGGCAGGGGACGCGCUGACCAUGGAGGUCCUGCUGUCAGCCACGCGGGAGGAGCUGAGCGGGAAUCAGGCCCCUCCCAAGCUGGACAUGCUUGUGCGCCUGCCGGCACUGCGUCUGCGAACCUAUGUCUCCAUGCUCUGCUGGUUUGCCUUCGGCUUCACCUUCUACGGCCUAGUCCUGGACCUGCAGGCUCUGGGUGGGGACAUCUUCCUGCUGCAGGUGCUCAUCGGGCUGGUGGACCUGCCAGCCAAGGCCUCCAGCCUGCUGUCCCUGAACCGCCUGGGCCGCCGGCCUUCGCAGGUGGGGUCGCUGGUGCUGCCCGGCCUCUGCAUCCUGGCCAAUAUGCUGGUGCCCCACGAGAUGGGGGCCGUGCGCUCGGUGCUCGCUGUGCUGGCGCUGGGCUUCGUGGGGGCCGCCUUCACCUGCACCAGCAUCUAUGGGGGAGAGCUCUUCCCCACCGUGCUCAGGAUGACGGCCGUGAGCCUGGGCCAGAUGGCGUCCCGUGCAGGGGCCAUCCUGGGGCCCCUGGUGCGGCUCCUGGAAGUCCACAGCCCCUCGCUGCCCCUGCUGGUGUACGGGGCCGUGCCGGUGCUGAGCGGCCUGACUGCGCUGCUGCUGCCCGAGACCCGGGGCCUGCCGCUGCCUGACACGGUGGAGGACCUGCAGAAACAGUGA